GGUAGAUGAAGAUGGCCACAGUCCAUAUAUUCCAGGAGCACUGACAGAUCCCGAUAAACGGCAUGAAAGUCACGAUUUGUUAGUUAAAGAUGCAAUAGAGCAACUGCACGGUCCGCAGGAGGACGAAACAGAUAAAUUUUGGCGAAAAGUAGCAGAGAAUGCGAAGGAAAAUGUUCGAGAUCAGAACAUGAAAUAUACUAAAAAGAGUGAGACGCCAAAAUUACCUCACGUAAAUGUAUCGCAAAACUUUCAGUUUGCGAGGAGAAUGCAUGUUGGUAAUUUAGAGCAUCAACCUCUACCAGAUACUUUGGGAUACAGAAACUUAACUAAAAUCGCUGAACAUAGAGAUUCGGAUAUUAUUGUCAAGCCUUAUGCAAUAGGCUGGAAAGGGUACGGUGCCGCCGGUCCUACUUGUUGUACUAAGAUGCGAGUACACAGACCUAAGACCUGUGAUCAUAAAAAGAGCGAGGGAGACAAACAUGAACAAAAAAGACCUUCCACUUCUGCUCCCGAUUUAGGCGGUCAGAACAAGAAAUCACUAUCGCUCAUGGAUCUAGCUAUUUGUUGGGAUUUUCGACCAGAUGAUCCUAAAUCUGAGCCACGACCACCUAAGCAUAUAGAUGGCUCCAAUGGUUCAAAAGCACCGGCUGUGUUUACAAUGGUCCAUACUCCUAAAGAAGAAACAGAACAGGCAAUAGCUGGCCAUACGAUGCCAAUUUUUCAUCAAAAUCGUGCUGGAGAUGAUCCCGGGCAUCAUCCUGUUCCAUAUUUUGAAAAAGAUAUGGCAAAGGAAAAGAGAAGAGAUUCUUGUGAGGUACAACACUGUCCUCAACAUAACUAUGCCGAGAAAUACCAGAACAAUAAAAGUAAUAAUAAAAGUUCUAAAUCUUCUAGCAGAAAAAGUUCUGGCAAUUCAGUGAAAAAGUCUCAGUGUGAUGGUAUACACGGAUGUGGUACACCAAGCGAAACAAGUCGGGAAUCAAAUCGUGAUUCGAGACCAGAUAAGCUGCAACCCAUUAAAGACGCUUGGAGUGCCGACACGAAAAAGAAUAAUCACGAUAUGAAUAGAAAUCGCAAUAGUUUAGAAUCGUAUGAAAAAACUCCUCUAGCGCAAGGAAAAUUGCAUCAAAGUUCGCCGAACGAAUCACAACUGUCUAAACGUUCGAAGGAGAGCGAUUCGAUUAACACUAAGCAUCGGAACUGUUUGCCUUGCCACGAAAAAUUGCAUCAGGAGCCGAAGCAGAAAGAAGACUAUAAAUUCGCUUUUAAAGCUGGAAACCCGAAUUCUGUACAAAGCGUUUCUAGUACAACGGACUCGAAGGGUCUGAAAAUCCCUAAGAUGCGUCACCCGUACUCAAAGAAAUCAUAUACUAUACCUACUCUCGCACCACCCUUCAGCAUCUGGCGUGACUCGAACGCGAGUGGCUACCCUGAGCAUUGGAGAUUGGCCAGUGUUUACCAGCACGCAUACAAACCGCCUGAGCAAAGGCGUAAGCCACUCAUUGAAAGUGUUUACCAGUGAAUUCUAUAAUUGCGAUAUACAUAUUCAUUAUUAAAACACAAACAUAAUAAUAAUGUUUAUUGGGUCCAAUAAUCAAUGUAUAAUUUUUAAUU